UUUUGAAGCAACAUGUUCGGCAACGAGGACGAGGAUGAAGCCGCUCUCGUCGCUCCCGUCUCCGUCCACUUGCAAAUCGUCAAUCUGCCGACGAACAGCGACACUACUGACGCGCACAACGGCACAGGUGCAUCAUCUGCCGUGACCGUGGACGCUGCGAGCGACGACGACACGGCCAUCGAAGCCCUUGUCCACGACGAAUCUGGAGCCGUCGUUGCUUCGGGGAUUGUCGACAGCCUGAUUGGUGCGGACGACCUUGCCAACUUUGACGACCCGCCGCCAAUCGUCCAGUCCAUCGUCGACGCUGCGCUUGCUGGGCGCGGCGUGUCGGUCGUUGCGAUCGGAGCCACCGGCACUGGGAAGACGACCGCGUUGUUUGGAUCGGCGGCGCAUCCCACCCACCACGCGUCGUCUGGACUCGUGCACCAUGUCGCGCAUGCGCUGCUCGUCCGGCUGGCCACACCCGACACUGUGCCAGUCACGCCAGUCACACCGCGCGCGUCGCUCGUGGCAUCGCCGGGCCGCCCAUUAUCCACCUCUGCGUUGUUUGCACCAACUCCUGCGGUCAGUGCCGAAAUCAGCAUCUCUUUCCUUGAGAUUUUCAACGAAGGAUUGCGCGAUUUGCUGGCGCGGAAUCCGGACGCGACUCCCUGCGUCAUUCGCGAACACCCAGUCACAAGCGUCCAUGUUGAUGGCCUUUCUUCGACCCGCAUCACCUCCCUCGAUGCUGUCCGACAACUGGUGACGGCCGGGCUUCGCGCACGAAUCUGCAGCCUCGAGCGUUUCCCAGCCACCAGCCGUCACUCCCACGGCAUCUUGACCAUGAGCGUUCGGCGAGCUUCAAUUGUCCCUGGCGACAUUGAGACUGCCUCUGAACUCGUUGGACGGGUUGUUUUUGCUGAUCUCGGCGGCUGGGAAUCCACCUUGCCGUCAGUCGAGCACCACCAGGCAACCGCGUAUCCGUCCCGACUCGAGCAUUCACUCAACACACUUGCGACCGUUAUUGACACACUCUCCGCGCGCCAAUCACUCUUGGCAUCACACGAGUCAGAGAGUCUCACGAACGGUGACUCGGCUGUCGUGGACGCUCCCAUCAUCCCUCACCGUAGUUCUGCGCUGUCCUGGCUGCUAACUGAUGCAUUUGGAGGCAAUUCAGUCACCCAUGUCAUUGCAACCCUCUCUGCGACCGCGGAACAAGCACAACAGUCAGCACAUACACUCCGCACGGCAAGCUUGUGCCGUGCCAUUGUGAAUCGCUCCACCAUCCUUCUUGGGCCCGAACUAGCAUGCAUUCAUGAGCUUCAGUCUGCCAUCACGGAGCUCCAGUUUCGGCUUGAGCAAGCACCGGGAUCUGGCGAGCUUCACGACAAGAUUGUCGCCAAAAUCGAUCGCAAAAUGGCCAAAUUGGAAACAGCGUCGUCCGAAUUUGAAAAGACAGUGCUCACGGCCCCCGAUCUCGUCGCUGCCACGUCCACUGGCAACGCGGAAGCCGAGGCGACGGUUGUGCCGAUUCGCAUCGAACCAUCCACACCCCACCUUCUCAGCUGGAAUGACUCGUUGCACGCCUGUGGCGCGACAUUCUGGCCCAUUCUGCCGAGCGGUGUCACAACAAUUGGGCGGGAUCCAAAGCGGCACGUCGGCAUUAGUUACGACCCUGGCGUGCUUCCUCGGCACGCGUUUAUUGAUGCCGCUGCUGGAGUUUUCACGUUUCAUCCGCAAUCAGACUUGUGUUUCAUCAAUGGCCGGCCGCUGCACUCAAAGCCAGUAAUUCUUCGACACGGCUACAUUGUCGAGCUCGGCCAUCAUACGACCUUCCGAUUCAAUGAUCCCGCGGAAGCUGCAGAGCUUCGGCUCAUGGGGUUGCGCCCUGAUCACGCAUCGCUCUGCCGUGCCAUUGUGUCGCCUGCUCGCGCAUCUGCCCUGGCAAAUCUCGCAUCGUUUGAGGAUCCGUACGGAGCCGAGUUUUCUCACCCUGCUGUGAUGGAACGGCUUGCUCAACGGCGAGCCCUGCUGACCAAACCUGCGAUUCAGGCCGACCAGUCGACUCUCACUGUCGAUGCUUUGAAUGCACCGUCACACGUCGAGGCUAGGGCUGUUACUUCUUCCGUUCACGAGACCUCGCGCCUGGACGAGACUGCAGCAGAGGCCAAUGUCCACGCACCCCACCUCCACCUCGCCAAUGGAUUUACUUCACAGAAUGUGUUGGUGGACAAUGCUAUUUUCGAGCCGGUUGCCGCGUCCGCUGUUGAAGCUCCUGUCCAAAUCGCCGCUGAGCCUUCUACCGAUCUGGCCACUGAAGCUGCUCUUGAACCCGCGACCGAGCGUGUUGUGGAGUCUGAAGCCGGCCAAGCUGCCGAGCCAGCUUUUGAGCUUGCUGUCACCGAGCCUGCUCUUGGUGAGCCAACUCCGAAGUCGGAGCUCGAUGCCGACACGGUUCCCGAGUCUCUUGCCACGGAGCACGCUUCUGAACUUGCUGCUGCUCAUUCGGCUCUCGUGCCUACGGCUGGUUCCGUCAUUGUCGAGCCAGUUUCCGAGACCGCAGACGAGUCCAUUUCGGCGCCUGUCGUGGUCGAGCCAGUUUCCGUGUCUGUCGUGGCCGAGCCAGCACCAGAAAUUGCAGACGAGUCCAUUUCGGCGCCUGUCAUUGUCGAGCCAGUUUCCGAGACCGCAGACGAGUCCAUUUCGGCGCCUGUCGUGGUCGAGCCAGUUUCCGUGUCUGUCGUGGCCGAGCCAGCACCAGAAAUUGCAGACGAGUCCAUUUCGGCGCCUGUCAUUGUCGAGCCAGUUUCCGAGACCGCAGACGAGUCCAUUUCGGCACCUGUCGUGGUCGAGCCAGUUUCCGUGUCUGUCGUGGCCGAGCCAGCAUCAGAAAUUGCAGACAAGCCCGUUUCAGAGUCUGUAGAUGCCGAACCGGCUGCCACUGAGCCGACUCAUGAAGAUGCAUCUGAGCCAGCGUCUGAACCUGCAUCGGAGCCGGCCAUCGAGACUGUCGAGUCGACGCUCAUCGAGCCCGCGUCUGACGUUGUUGAAGCUGCUGCCGAGCCCGAUGACGCCCCUGCUGUUGCUGGAGGCGACGUCGACCUGGCUGUUGACUCUGUGAUUCCCCAGUCCGUUCGUGAUGGUGAUACCGCCGCGCACUUGACCGAGACUACUCACUCGGUCGUCGAGGAGGCUUCUGUCGAUCCGGUCGAAUCAUCCAACUCGACUCCUGAGCCAACCGACAGCUUUGUCUCUUCGACGCCAGAGUCGGGUGUGCUCGCUGAGCCAACCGCUGAGCCAGCCUCUGACCUCAGCGAUAAACCUUCACCGGGCGCUCCUGCGGAGCUUGAUACUGCUCAGAACGGCGAGCUUUCGGAUGAUACGACCGACAUGUCGACAGGGGAGUUCAUCUUGCCGAGCGCCACUGUAGAGCAGUCCUCCUCUCUGGGUGAUACUGUCGACACUGCCUCGGACUCUUUGGUGUUGAUCUCGUCUAACUCCUCCGGCCCAGGUGCAACGGAGGCGGAUGGGGAAGCUGGCUUUGUUGUACUUCCUGCACACGCUCAGCCGACAGGAGACCAUGCUACCGACCAGCCCGCGACGGACGCUGUUGCUGUCGCUGCCGUUGACAACGACCCGAACAACCAGUCACCCUUGGAGCGCCAUGCUUCUCCACACAACCCGUUCUUGAUGGUGCCAGACGCGGAGGAACCUGAGGAUCACGCUGCUGUGCCCUCUCCCAAAAACCCCUUCUUCAAGUUUUACUUUGACAACUUUUCUGCCUUGCACGACUCGUCGCAUGCCUCCUCGCCUAUGCCGGCUGACCAAAGCCCUUUGUUCGGAGGCGAUGCGCACCUCGUGGAUGAGAGCAUGGCGAAUCCCAUCCAGACUCUCAACGAGGAGAACUCGACUGACAGCGAGCACACUUUCGUGUUGGUCGACGCAGAAGGGCCGCACGAUGAGAAUUCGCAGGAAGUUGCCGCUGCUGCUCAAAAGGCAGCACAGACCUCUCUGGCUUCUGACCAUCCUAGCGACGAGCACGUUGCACAUGGCGACGGAACCGAAGUUGCUCAUGCGGCGCCGGAGCAGGAGCACGCCGAUGGUGCUCACAGCUCCCAAACGGCGGAGAGAUGGGCGGCUGCCGCAUCUGACGGUCAUUCAUCAUCCGACGCUCAUGACACCAUUGCCCAGGAGCCCGUGUUUGAGCCAAUUAGUCUGACCGGCGAGGCCCAUGCGGCGGCACUGCUCGAGUCCGCACUUGCCGCCUUCCCCGAAGAUCCGCUCAGUGGAGAUACUGAAGUCGACGAGUACGGAUUUGCCCCAAUCCAAACAAGUUCGGCGCAAGCAGCGUCGCUGGCUGUCAGCUUGUCGAGCCCGCAUACCCCGGAGCAGCCACUCACCGUGGAAGCCGAGCCAUCCUUUGAACCAGCUGCCUUCGAGCCGCAGUCGCCUGCAACCUUUGCCAAUCCGGAACCCCAGCUCGACCUUCCGCAAGCAACGAUCACGCAUUCGGCUGAACCUGCCCAGCCGCAAACUCCGCCACCGACCAUCACCACCGCAAGCGGCGCAGCGUUUUCCGCUUCUGCCAACUCUGCCUUUUCGACCACCGUCACCAGCUCUCCGAUCACUCCCAACAAACGAGCGGGCCGAGUCUUUGAUGAAGAGGAUGCGAACGACCCGGAUGCGCCCUUCACGCCGCUGGCGCAAGCACGUUCGAGCUCGAGCUCAACCGAUCACUUUGGCUCCCUGGUUGACUCUCGACGAACGAGCGAAAAGCAAGCGCUGAUGGCCGAAGUCGAUCGUCUGGGCCGUCUCGUGCUUGGCUCGCGCGACGAAAUUCUCGAGCUUCGCGGGCUGGUGCCGAAGGCGUUGCAGACUCCUCCUCGCAAGUCGCUGAUUGAGGCGAGCCCGAUGAAGCGUCCUUCGCGAGCACAAGCGCUCCAGUUUGGCGGCUCGAUGCCCGGGACUCCUGUGGCCACCCCCACCAAACCUCCAGUUGUUGUCAAACAGCGCCCAGGGGCGCCCAUCCCGCCGCCACGGCCGGCUCACCUGCGCGACAGCGUCAGCAUUUCGCUUUCCAACAACAGCGACAGCAACAGCAACAACAACAACAACACCAUCAACGGGUCCGCUGCAUCCGCAGGCGCUGCCGUCUCGGAUCUCGGUGCGCAGAAUGUUGAGCAAUUCACUUCGUUGAUUGAGCUCCGCGCGCGGGCCCAGCUCCUUGCCGCAGCCAUUGACAAGAAUGAGUUGAGUCCCGCCGAGAUGGAAGAGGCCCAACACGAUCUUGUUCUGCUUCGUUUGCGCGAGGACGAGCUCAAGCGUUCGGAAGCGAUGGAGCCAGACCGUGACGAAGUGUCGCUGAUGGUCGAGGUUUCGCGCCUCGGACAACUGGUCAUCGAGUCGCAAGAAGAGCUCGACCAUCUUCGUGCAGCUCAGAUGGAAGCCGAGGCGACCAAGUCCAAGCCCGCGACGCCAAAGAAGCGCGCUGCUGCUGCUGCCAGUCGGCUUGCCGGUCGCAAGCGGUAGAUCCGCGAGACGCGUUUCGUUUUGUACUGUUAUUUUUUUUUCGUUGUUUUAUUUGAAAAAUACAAUUGUAUGUGAGUGA